CAGGUAUUUCGUAAUGUCCUACCGUUGAAAAUAGGCUAAGUUCCCAGUCACAGUGCUAUAUAAACCUGGCGGGCAAAGGACACUCACUAACGACUCUGGCUCGACAAGUAGACCUGCUUCAAUCCCAGAGGUGAAUACUGAGACGAAUAAGCAUGCAGCUCUUAAUACUUCUUGCUGCCGUUGUGGGUGUAUCCCUGGCCGCCCCAAGCCCUGAUGUUUGCUCCAACGUCAACGCUACGGCUAUUAAGUGUAUGACAGACAACGGAAUUCCUCUUCAAGAUGUGCUCUCUAUGCAGAAGGCUGCUUUGUCUGGGAACAUUGCAGCAAUGAACCUGACCCGCUUCUGUGGCGACAAAAAAGAUGGCUACCUGAAAGGUGUGGAGUGUGUAAUGAACUCCGUGGCUGUGUGUAUCCCAUCGUAGAGUUUGUGAGGCGACCAAGAGCGCCUACGUGUGCGAGGAUGCCAUUGUGAGGUCAUGUGAUGUGCACACCGCUGAUGUGUACAAACAGUUCAUUGACCCUUUCAUGAAGAGGGACUGCGAUAACUUUGUCCUCGGGUGAAUGUGACAAAGUGUCCAGGACGACCGGGGUAUCAAAGGAUAAAAAAGAAACUCGCAACAAACAAGGAAAUUGGAUUCUUUCUUCAAAAUGAAAUCAGAACUGUCUGUCUUCUCUCGAAGUUCAAAAA